AUGGGGCGGGAAUACGGAGAGAGCAUGAUUUUCCUCCUUGUUUUCUUGAUUAUUGGUUACUGUGAUGCAGGAUUAGAGAAGGGCCGAAUUUCUCCUGACAAUCGAUUGGCUUCUAUUGCUAAAAGACCGAAGAUAGUCGAUCGACGAUGUCCAGACGAAGAGAUUGGAUUAAUUUGCGACUCUCAAUGCUUCUCGAGUUUCGAAGAAUGCGUUGAGUCCUGCGAAACAUCAUCUUGUGAGCGAUCAUGUCUUUAUGAAUAUACUUCUUGCUAUGUUGAUUGUCCCUGCUUUGAAAAUUGUCCGAAUGGCUGUGAUGGAUGUCCGAAUUCGCUUUGCUCUUGCUCAAAUGCGGAGACAGACAAUGAUGAUUACAAGCAAUGUAUCAGUCAAUCUUCACAAAGAUUUAAUCAAUGUGUCGAGGGCUGUCCACCGGACGAAAUGUGUUUCGAUGUGUGCAUUGAAGAUUUCAAGGAUGCUUCUCGAAAGUGCCCAUGUAUGAGCGCAUGCAAGUGGGGCUGUCCGUGCAAUGAUGAUUCUACCUGUCAAGAGCAUAUUAUGAGCCUUUGUCAAAUUGAUAGUCUCAAUGAUGGAAAAGCAGCGAACUACUCUUACAUUAUUUCUGCUGAUGGUCUCUUUCAGGAGAAUCGCUAUUUUACGACGCCUCCUGCAGGAGGAUCUAAUUAUUACAACAAAGUUCCGUUUCUUCAUCGAUCGGGAUUUGCUCUAGUCAAUGGAAAGAUACUCUUUUUUGGCGGUGAAUAUGACAAGAAAAUGGUUGCUCAAUUAGACGAAUGCGAGAUUCAGCCGACGUCAAUGAGACUCAUCUACGACUACGAUUACACAUCUACUCUCGUCGUUAUCCCAAACAAUAGUGGAUCUCGCUUGUCUUCAGACGAAGUCAUCUUAUGUACAAGUAACUCUUGCCAAGAUUUUUACGAGUUUCGCAGAACAGCGACACAAAUUGCAGAUACACAAUCAUAUCAUCAACGUGGAUGCAUGGGGCUGUAUCAAGGGAAACCUUUAAUUGUCGCUGGAGGCACAGCUCGAGUAGAGCAUCUUUACUCAAGCGAAUGGGUCUAUAAAAAUAGCUACUACCAAUCAGUUUCCGAACUCUCUUGCUUGACUGUCGAGAAUGCUGUCAUCACAACUGGUGGAGUCUCGGAAAACACAAACGUUUAUAUGUUUCGAGAUGAAGAUUGGAGUGAAGUUGGUCAAUUGAUAAAUACAUAUAGAUAUGGAUCAAUGAUUGCCGUUCAAGGCGGGUUCUUGAUUUUUGACGGAGUACCCUUUUCGACGGAAAAUAGCAAUAUGAUAGAGCGAGUUGAAUGGGACGGACAACGAGUGGUUUUAACUCGAAAUCUUGCACAGCAACCAGGCAACUGCUAUCGACCGGCUCUUUUUUUGACUUCGCCUGGAACAUGCAAAAGCUUUUGCUCUGAUGAUUUUUGUUAUUUCUGA